AUGAAACAUGAAUAUCAGGCCACCCUCUGUGAGGCGGUUACAAUGUUUAAGGGCAUCGUACAUAGGCUUAUGAGGCCGUUCCUUGAAAAGAUUGGCACUGCAGACGUUGGAGAUUAUCAUACAAAGGCCAUCAGGAAUGGGUUGAUGACUUUUGCCCUGAAUCUGGGGUUUCCUGAGUACGUUGAUUGGGUGAAGAAGACGAUCAGAAAGGUGAUCCGCGGUUCAUUAGUGUUAGUUAUCUCUACAUUUUUCACUAUUGUGUUUUUAAGGAAUAUCAACCACUAUGCCGUUGCCUAUCCCAAACUCUGA